AUGUGGGCAAGAUGGAAGAUCAAAGAAUUUACUGCCAGCCUUAUACUGCCAGAGGGCAGAUCCCCCGUAGAGAUUCCCUCGGUUCCAAGCUCAAUCGACUACGACGAGGUAGUUGAUGAGAGAGGCCCUCUUGGCCUUAGCUUGCUCUAUACGCCCUCCGAGCCUCUUAUCGACUUGAUCUUCGUUCAUGGCUUGGGAGGUGGCUCAAGAAAGACCUGGAGCCUUGAACCCUCGACUGCGCAGAAUUAUUGGCCAAAGGAGUGGCUUUCAAAGGAUCCCGCCUUCAAAAAUGUCCGCAUCCACAGCUUUGGGUACAACUCGGACUACGUCAAGCACAGGGAUGGCUGUUGGACCAUACACAGUUUCGCGCAAUCCCUACUAGCAGACUUGAGGACCUCUCCUUAUAUCGGACAGGCAGAUACUCAACUGAUCAUGACCGGGCACAGCAUGGGAGGCUUGGUGAUAAAGCGAGCGUAUAUGUUGGCGAAACAUGACAAGUCUCUCAAUUUCCUGACAUCCAGGUUCCGGGCGAUGUAUUUUCUUGCAACACCGCAUCAAGGCUCUGACUGGGCAAAAAUCCUGGAUCGGAUGUUGAACGCUCUCUCCAUAUCGCCUACUUUUGUGGAGGAAUUGAAGAAAGCUUCCGGAACACUCCAGGCUAUCAACGAAGAGUUCCGCCACUACAUUGAUGGAAUUCAGCUGUUUUCAUUUUAUGAGAUGCAACCAAUGAAAUACCUUCGGUCAAGGGUAGUUGAACCAGAGUCUGCAGUCCUCAAUUUGCCAGGGGAAAUCCAAACCCCAAUGGCCGCCGACCACCGAUCGAUCUGCAAAUUCAAAUCAAAAACGGAAGGCAACUAUACAAAGCUUCGUAAUUCACUUGCCAUGACGGUUGCAAGCAUAUUAGCUGAGUUGGCGAAAAGAAACAAGGCGCGACAGAAGCACGAACUAGACGAUCUCAACCAGCACUUGCGCAUACCUCACCAACCCGAAGAUGAUCUCGAGCUUGCCCAAGGCUCCCAACUGCCUGGAACUUGCGAAUGGAUUGCACAGAAAGAGAGCUACUUAGCGUGGAGAGACCUUACCGCAAACACACCACCCAUUCUCUGGAUCAGUGGGAAACCCGCCACGGGCAAGUCUGUUCUUGCGGGCUAUAUCAUCACGCAACUUCAACAGCAAAAGUCAAACAGCAGCUACUAUUUCUUCAGACAUGGUGAGAACUCGAAGACUCGGCUCAUCAACUGCCUUAAGUCACUAGCCUUCCAAAUGGCCUGUAACAAUGAGCACACUCGGCGCAUUUUGAGCGAUUUGUACAAGGAAAAUACCUAUAUUGACGGUGAGAAUGAACGCACUCUUUGGCGCAAAAUAUUUGUCUCGACAAUAUUCAGAAGCCAGAAUGAACCUCACUACUGGAUCAUCGACGGCUUAGAUGAGUGUGAAGCUCCUGAGGUUUUCAUCGAAGCCCUCCUUAGCCAGCUCGAUUCCGCCACAAAGUUGAGAGUUCUUGUCACAGCCCGGGAUAUGCCGAAGAUCAAGGCUGCAUUUCUGAGCCUUGGUUCGCACAGAUUUUGUGAAUUACCAAUUUCGACGCCUGAUACUCUUCAGGAUAUUCAACUCGUCAUUGAGGCAAAGUCACAUUCUCUAAUGGUCAAGAAUGAUGAAUUUCGGGCUGCGCUACUUGGGAGGGUGCUCGAAAAAUCCCAAGGCUCCUUUCUAUGGACCCUCCUGGUUUUAGAAGAGCUUGCAAAUACCUACGGUGAAGCGGAGCUCAAUAAGGUGCUUGACGACGUCCCUCGAGACAUGAACUCAUUAUACCGACGAGUGCUGGACUCAAUGGAAUUGACGACUGCAGGAAGUGGAAAGAGAGUGGCCCAAGCCAUCCUCACCUGGGUGGCUUGUGCUAUGAGACCACUAAGCACGAAAGAGCUUACUGAUGCGCUGAAAUUGGACCUUGGGGACAAGUAUGAUGCACUCGAAGAAAUUAUCCCGAAAUUGUGUGGCCAACUCGUUGCUAUCGAUAAGUUCAACAAUGUCCAGAUUAUACACGAGACAGUCCGAGAAUAUCUCACCAAGGAUGGAUUACAGUCAGACUUUGCCGUGAGCAAGCCUCAGGCGCAUAAAAGGAUCGCUGUGACAUGCUUGAGCUACCUCACAAGUGACAGAAUGAGACCUUCCAGGACUCGGAGGCGAACGUCACGCCGACGGUCAGGUACUACCAUCAAGGACUCGAACAUCCAAUUCUCGACGUAUGCCUGCGCAGCCUUCGCACACCACCUUGCCAGUGCUGACUGCGAAUCACUUGAUGUUCCUGUUCUUGUUUCCAGAUUUUUGGAAGCCAAUGUCCUUUCGUGGAUUGAUAGCAUCGCCCAGACAAGGAUUCUGACUCCAAUUAUACGAGCAGCGAAAGAUCUCCGGGUUUAUGCUAAAAAUUGUAACGCAGCCCGUUUCUCAAAGGAAAUACAAAUCAUCAAAGGAGCUACAACCGAUCUUGCCCGCGUCGUCGCCAAGUUUUCUGACGCUCUUAUCGCUAAUCCAGACUCUAUCUACACCCAUAUCCCCUCUUUUUGCCCCCGUAACUCGACAUUGUAUAAAGCAUGUCAGAGAUGUCGAACAGCAACACUGUCAAUUAGUGGGAUGUCUUACGAUCAAUGGGACGACCGAUUGACGUCUAUAGAGCUCCAAGGCGAUGAGUUCACAAGCCUCGCUUACGGAGACGAACUUUUUGCUGUUGGGACAACCUCAGGACUCGUCAAACUCUACCAUGCAACGUCAUGUGAGGAACAGAGAGCGCUGGAUCAUGGAGAAGCUGUUCGGCUAUUACAUUUCAAGCCUAAGUCUGACAUCCUCGUAUCUUGUGGCUUGAAGAAUGUGACGGUGUGGAAUAGCCGCACGGGCGAUGCAUUACAUAGAUUGUCCGCUCCCUUUCGACCUAUCGCUCUCGAAUUUGACAAAGAUGUACUUUUGGUGGCGUCGAGGAGAAAUUACCUGACCUCCUGGGAUUUGAACAACAAUGCCUUACCACAAGAAGACCGACCUUGGAGUCAUUCGGAUGAGGAAACGCAGCAACCUUCCCCCCUUCAACCAUGUGCUAUUUCCUUCUCUAUCGGACAUCAAAAAAUGGCCGUGGCAUAUAUUGGCCAGCCCAUCACAAUCUGGGACCUUCAAUACGACGAAUACUAUGGCAGCUGUGGGCGAAUUCUUGCCAAUGGUGAGGUCAGUAAGCAUCUAGUGACAUCGCUCUCCUUCAACCCCAAUCCUGUCACUCGACUUCUUGCUGUCUCGUACCUUGACGGUCAACUUGCCCUCCUUGAUCCUUUCGAAGAGCAGGAAAUGGAGUGCUUUCGAGCUAACUGCCGUGCGUUGACUUCGAGCCCGAACGGACGUCUCCUGGGAGGUGUGGCUGCAUGUGAGACCAUCAAUUUAUAUGAGUUUCAUACAUUGAGGCUGUUGUACAGGAUCAAAUCAUCCGAGCAGGGCAUCAAACAGAUUAUUUUCAGCCGAGACAACUUCCAUUUCGCAGACGUCCGCCGGUCACAAUGCAAUAUUUGGGAGCCUACGAUACUGCUGCGUGACACAGUUGCAGAAAAUCCGAGCGAGAUUACUUCAACGUCGGUAAUCGAAGCAACUACAUCGGAUGAUAAAGUCAGAAUCAGUACCAUGGCCCUUCAUAGUCAGGGCCAGGUAGUCAUUUGCGGCAAGGAUGAUGGUUCUGUCUGUCUGUAUGAUGCUCGAACAGGCGCCUUUCUGCAACAGAUUCACAAACACAAAUCUCCAAUCCGCACUCUCACUUGGCAGACUCGUGAUAAUAUUACCACGAGUGUGGAUGCAUCAAACAAAGUGCUGGCUUCCACUCUGAUGAGGGACCAUAAAGGAGGAUGGAUCUCAAACGAGCUUCCCCUUCAACUUCGCCUGGAUUGUGGCCAUGCUAUCGUUCAAGUCCUGAGGUCCGAGACAACCAGUAACCUCAUCCUUUCGACGCGGGAGUCGGAUUAUCUCUGGGACAGCAACGGGAAGCAGAUUGCAGCACGGUCAUGUCUAACGAAGUCAGGCAUUCGACUAUGGAUACAGCACCCUCAAUCCCAACGCCAUGCAAUAUGUAUCGAAGGGGAGGAUGCGCGCAUAUUCUGUUGGUGUCACCUGUCGGAAGUUUCACGUCUUCAGCUAGGAGUGGAUACCACAAACGUACAGUUGAAGAGCGUCCGAGGAUACGAUUCAAGCCAACGACGCUGGAUGCUUCUGGAAUUAUCGGAGCUCAAUGGGUCCGCCAGAACCCGCUCCAUUUACGUCUUUGACGCAACACCAUUCAACCUUGAAGAUGGCACGUGUCUAGGCGAUAGAUUGGAAAGAGAGAAAGCUGGAAUCCACGGCCUCGUCGACAUGGAAGUCCCAGCAGUUUUAACAAGUGAGGGUGAAAGCUCCUUAGGCGAGCCUUCUGUCGGGGAACCAAUGCUACAGACCUACCAACAACACGUUUUAAAGCCUCUCAUUGGCCCUCAAAUCCUGGCCUUGACUCCCCACGUCUUCCAUGUCAUCCAUCUCACCGACACGGGCAAACUUAUCUUCCUAGACACCAACUCCUGGGUCAGCUCCAUUGAUCUCGACCAUUUAGACAGAUCUGUCGUAGCGACGGCGGCAGCAGUUUCGACUCCACGGCCACCUUCACCGCCGAUCCAGUACUCCAGACACUUCUUCGUGCCUCAUGAUUGGUUCUCGGGAACUCGAGACAUAGUCUGUGCGACUACGGCACGAGAUGUACUCUUUGCACGAAACGGUGAAGUUGCCGUUAUCAAAAAUGGCUUGGACUAUGAGGAGGAGGUUGCGGUUGGAGUGCCCUCUUGA